CGCGUGUCCAUUCCAGCUGUCCGUUAACCGCUUACCUAUUAUAACCGGUAACUGUAAAGCUUCUCCCCUUCCCUCUUUAACCGGUUCUUUCACCCUAAUUUACCCCUUUAUAUCACCCUCGUCGUCUUCCCCAAGACCCGUCUGUACAUAAAAAGUUGUAUCUAUAUCUAUAUUAAGGUUAGGUUUUUUUACAUGUACCAAUGGCAUCUCACGACGGCGGCGAUAGGAUUAAGGGGCCAUGGAAUCUGGAAGAAGACGAGCAGUUACAGAGGUUGGUUCAGCUGCAUGGGGCUAGGAAUUGGUCUAUGAUAAGCAGAUCGAUUCCUGGGAGACCGGGAAAGUCUUGCAGGCUGCGGUGGUGCAACCAGCUGUCACCGGAAGUUGAGCACCGGCCGUUUACGCCCGAGGAGGAUGAGAUCAUUCUGAAGGCGCACACAAAGUAUGGUAACAAGUGGGCAUCUAUAGCGAGGCUCCUUAAUGGCCGAACUGAUAACUCUAUUAAGAACCACUGGAACUCGACGCUGAAGCGAAAGUGCGCAGCUGAUAUGGUAGUCGGAGAGGUGCGGCCUGUGCAGGUAUUGAAGAAAAUAGAUAGUGGCGAUGUUACGUCUGCAAUGAUGAAUGGAUUGAAACUAAAUCCUGAUCCUGGUGAUUCUGUUCUCAACGAAUCGUUUGAUAAAAUUCCAGCGAAUAUGAAAAUUUAUUUUUCGUUCAUGAAAAAUGAGACGACGGCACAGCCGGUGAAAUCGCCUCCGCCACCAGCCGAUAACGAGAAUAAUGAUGAUAUUUUGACUGCGUUGACUCUAUCCUUGCCUGGGACUGGUAGUGGAUCAUCUUCUGUGAAGAUUGAAGACAAGGAUUCUGUCAAAAACCGGCAGAUUCAGCAGAUUGAUAGCCGCGGUAAGGUGGUGGCUACAGCGGAAAAGGAAACCACGUUGUUUGGCGCGGAGUUACUUUCUGCUAUGAAAGAAUUUAUCAGGAAAGAAAUUCGAAAUUACCUCCAAGAAGAAUUCGAUGGCGUUAUAUCCGCUGGUUUUAAGCGCAUUGGCAUUAGCAAGCUUAACGAGUAAUCGCGAAUUGGCUUCGGGGAAGAAAAGAAAAUUAAUCUUUCACGUUUCAAAUUUUGUUUUCACACAGGAAGUUUGACUUCUAUUAUUACAGUGUAAUGUAAAAGAGAAUCGGCCGGGAACGAAAAAUUAACAGAGUUCGAGUUUUCUUUUGCUCUGCCAGUGAAAAUUCUAUUAGUAAAGUGCUGUAAUUAGGAAGAUUAAAAUCGCGAAUGACGUGUCUUUACGGAGUUAAAAAGGGGCAAACUGGUCAUUGCAUGAAAUUAUUCGAACAGUGUGGGCCUGUAACGUGUAACUGCCAGGACAGAUUAGGAAUGUGGUAACGCCAUGUAGCAAACCGUAUCAUUUGAAUGAUUGUACCUCCAGUUUCCAGAUGGCACAAAACUAUCGUCGCCACUCAAUGUAAUAUAAAGAGGGUUAAACUA